GCGAGUUUUCGGAGCGGCGGCGCGGGAGUCGGGAAGAUGGCAGCUCGGCGGCGGCCGCUUCGUGCCCACUGUGCACAGCCGCCCCGCGGUAACUUCUGUGAUAGUGCUAAGGAGACGCCCAACGAAGCUUCUUCUGCAGCGUCCAUGGAGUGGGACACGCAGGUGGUGGAGGGGUCCUCGCCGCUCGGCCCCACGGGGCGGGGGGCGGAGGAGCCGGCCGCCGGGCCGCGCCUGCCGUCGUGGCUGCAGCCCGAGAGGUGCGCCGUGUUCCAGUGCGCGCGGUGCUACGCGGUGCUCGCCGACUCGGUGCACCUCGCCUGGGACCUGUCGCGGUCCCUCGGGGCCGUGGUCUUCUCCAGAGUCACCAGGGACGUCGUGUUGGAAGAGCCCUUGCUAGUUGGUAUUGAAGGUUCGCUCAAGUUCAGCACUUACAACCUUUUGUUCUGUAAUUCCUGUGGGAUUCCCAUUGGUUUCCAUCUAUAUUCUACUCAUGCUGCCCUGGCUGCCUUGAGAGGUCAUUUCUGCCUUUCCAGUGACAAAAUGGUGUGCUAUCUCUUGAAAACAAAAGCCAUAGUGGAUGCAUCUGAGGUGGAUAUUCACAGUGUGCCCCUACCAGAAAAGAUUGCGGAGCUGAAAGAGAAGAUAAUGCUCACGCACAGUCGCUUGCAUUCACUAAUGAAGAUUCUGAAGGAAGCAGCACCUGACCAGACCAAGCCAGAGAACUGACCAGACCAAGACCUGCAGAGCUCACUGCUGUCUUCAACAGCAAGUGCCAUCUUGCCAUCUCUUUGGAAGGACUGUCUUCAAGAAUGGGAGAGACAGUGUUUACUGUUAUCUCUAGGCUGAUUUUCCAAGUGACUUGUGAAGCAGUUUGUAGAAGAUGGAAAAACUAGACUCUUCUGUCUCCGUUUCAUAGCUAUUUGCUUUAAGAAUCUGGUUCAGGGGCUGGCGCUGUGGUACAGCGGGUCAACGCCCUGGCCUGCAGUGCUGGCAUUCCAUAUGGGCGCCGGUUCAAGACCCAGCUGCUCCACUUCUGAUCCAGCUUCCUGCUAUGGCCUAGGAAAGCAGUAGAAGAUGGCCCAAGUCCUUGGGCCCCUGCACAUGUGUGGAAGACCCAGAAGCUCCUGACUCCUGGCUUCAGAUUGGCGCAGCUCCGGCCAUUGUGGCCAUUGGAGAGUGAACCAGUGGAUGGAAGACCUCUCUCUCUUUUUGCCUCUCCUCUCUCUGUGUAACUCUGACUUUUUAAUAAAUAAAAAGAAUCUGGUUUAUCUUCCUACUGAUUUCAUAAUACUUAUCUCUGGAAACAUCUCUCUCUGUAAAUUUAGGAAUUGAGAAGCAGUGUCCCAUGUGUCCUCUGACCCAAGGGUAUGUGCUCAAUAUGAAAACAGUCGGGCUUCAUAUUGACUGCUGGUAUUCCUACAUGGAGCAGGUGUUGUGACAGCACUGGCAAGUCAUUGUUCUUUUGUUAAGAUAUAGGUACAUAACAUUCAGUAAUAUUUAAAAGUUAAC